AUGACGACAACCUGCCCCUGCCCACCCCAAAUCAAACACCUCUUCUCCACCCUCCCAAAACAAGGCCCCUUCGAAUUCAGCUUCCUCCCCACCAUCACUCAACCCCUCACCGACGUCUCCCAGUCCAUUGAGGCCUGUAAACACCCCUACCACAACUCCAACCAAGACCUAACUACUCCCCUCGUCGAUCUCUCCGACGCAGUGCUCUCCCUCUGCCAUGCAGCCUGCACGACCUACCAUCUCCUUGAUGAUGAGCUAGGUACCGCCGCAGGUAACGGCACCACUACGGCUACUCCUACUUCUACGGCCGAUGCAAGCUCCCCGUUGAGAUGCACCAAAUCACCCAUGGCGCUGGGCAAACUCACCCUCCACGCCGAGGAGGAGACCCUCCUCGCGCGACAGGUGGUCUACGCCGUGCUUACUCGCCUGAGUACUCUCCUGCGCAGUGUGUAUGUCCUUGGGAAGGAGGCGGCGGGCGGCGAUCCGGCGAAUGGUGCGACUGCUACUGCUACUGCCACUGUCGUGGUGGACUUUGACUUGGGGAUGGCGUUGGGGAGGAGGUCGGGCCUGUAUGGUCGGGAGAGCGACGGGCCUGUCAGUCAGUGUUUGUCGAGGGUGUUGGCGCUGUUGGGCAGAUUGUUUCCCGCGUGA